AGAUCGUUGAAAGGAUUCUUUUUUGCUAAGCUGUACUUUGAGAUAAAAGAAUAUGAACUUGCAAAAAGAUAUACAUCUAUUUAUCUCAGUGUCCGAGAGAGAGAUCCCAAAGCUCACAGGUUUCUGGGACAGAUCUAUGAAGCUCAGGAUAACACAGAAAAAGCUUUUGGGUGUUACAAGCGUUCAGUGGAGCUGAAUCCAAUGCAGAAAGAUCUUGUACUGAAGAUUGCAGAGUUACUAUGCAGUAACGACAUCACUGAUGGAAGAGCAGAGUACUGGGUUGAGAAAGCUGCCAGGCUCUUCCCUGGGAAUCCUGCUGCUUACAGAUUGAAGGAGCAGUUACUGGAGUGUAAAGGCAAAAAUGGCUGGAAUCAGCUCUUUGAUGUGAUUCAAACCGAGCUCUAUGCGAGACCUGACGAUCCCUACCUUAACAUCAGACUGGUUGCUCUCUACCGUUCAAAUAAUAGAUUAAGAGAUGCUGUGCUUCAUUGUCAGGAGGCAGAGAAGAAAAUGCCUGUAGACUCCAGCUUGGAAUGGUGUUUGUGCGUCAUAAAGACAUUCGAGGAAUACCUUGAAUCAGUACAAGACUUGGAGUCUGAUAAAAAUAAUUGGAGAACUGUCAAGAAGGAUCAUCUGCUGGCCUAUUCUAGCUUGGUUAAAAUGACACUUGCUUCUCGAGAUGUUCAAGAAAGCAGAGGGGCCCUUGAAAGUUUCGAUCGUGUGCUUCACUCUGUGAGACUGUGUGCGAAUGGACCUGAUGAGCUGUCUCGUACCUUCCUUGAAAUGAAAGGACACUUCUACAUGCAUGCUGGAACUUUCCUGUUGAAAACGGCCCAGAACAAUGAGGCACGAUGGAGAGAUGCAUGUGAACUCGCAGCCUUGUGUUAUCUGAAAAGUUUCCAUAUUCCUAAACCAAAGUCAAAACUAAUAAGAGAUUGUGCUGGGCAAGAUAUGCUGGAAAUGUUGGCCUGUGACCGAAAAAGCCUGUCUGGUCAUAUGUUGCUGAACUUAAGCCAUGGCAAGGAAGACUUCUUGAAAGAGAUUGUGGAAUCUUUUGCAAACAAAAGUGGUUUAUUUACAUUGUUUGAAAGCCUCUUUGGGAGUGGAGCUUCUAAAGAGAGGUCUUUUCUCAGCACAGAUGAUAUGGGAGAUGUCACUCCCCAAGCACCAGAGCAAGGAGAACUGAGUAAAUACGAUAUUGGUGCUGUUCGGAUGCACAGUGGUAGUCUCCAGCACCUUGCGUGGCUUGGCUUGCAGUGGAAUUCUAUGUCAGUGUUAUUCCCACUGCGCAGAUCAUUACAACAACUUUUUCACUUGCCCCACGAGACAUCGAGACUAGAAACAGAUGCUCCUGAAUCCAUUUGUCUGUUGGACCUUGAAGUUUUUUUACUCGGGAUGGUGUUCACUAGCAACUUAGAACUGCAAGAGAAGUUUAAUACUCAGCAUGGCACACAUCAACCUCCUUUUUUACCAUUCCUGCUGUGCAAACAGUACUGUACUGAGAAGCAAAGAUCCUGGUGGGAUGCUGUUUGUACUCUUAUGCAGAAAAAAACAACACCAGACUUGGCAACCAAACUGAAGCUUCUUGUACAGCAUGGAUUAAGUGCUGUGCGAGCCCUGGAGAAACACGGCCUUCAGCCUGCCUUAAUUAUACACUGGGCAAGAAGCCUGCAAAAAACAAGCAUUAGCCUUAACUCCCAUGACCAGAAAGAAUAUAUUGGAAGAAGUGUCUACUACUGGAAGAAAAUUUUGCUUAGCUUAAAAACUAUUAAAAAGCACAAAAGUAUUCCUGAACCUGCUGAUCCUCUCUUCAAGCAUUUCCAUAGUGUGGACAUCCAGGUACUGAUUGAUUAUUCAAAGGUCUUCCAGGUUGCAGGCUAUGAAGAAGAGGCACAUAUAGCUUUUGCAGUGCUGGAUGUAACUGAAGGCAAAACUGAUGAUGCUAUAUUAGCAUUUGAAGCUAUUAAGAAUGCGGUUUCAUACUGGAAUCUUGCCAUUCUUUGUCAAAGAAAGGCAGAGGAGGUUGAGAGCGAUGAUAUGGGCCCAGAAGAACAAGAAGAACGCAAAGCCUAUCUUCUUAAAAGAAAGCAUUACCUGUUGAAGAUCAUUGAUGAAAGCUCCUCUGACCCAUCAGUAGCUGACAAACUGCCGGUAUCUGUUAAAGAUGUAACGGAAAUGCUGAAUGCAGUGAUCCAGGAGCUUGGAGAGGACGAUGAAGAAGAAAGUCUUGCCUCCGGAAGUAUCUCACACACUGCACACAUGGAAGUGAAAUAUUCAAUUCCAUCACCUAAGAAGUUCCCUUUCUCACCAACUAAUACCUACCAGUUUUCUCCUAAGACUCUCCCUCCGUGGGCAGAAGAUCACAAGUCCUUACUUCAAAAGCUGUGGCAGCAAGUGGAAGCUUUAAAGAAUGAAAUACGGGAAAUGAAACGUAGUAGUUCCAAUGUAAGUGUAUCAUCUCAUUGGUGGCCUGCUGAAAGCUAUAAAACAGAUACUGUGUCAGAUGGUUAUCGGAGAGCAAAACAUCUUCAUGAAGCUCCUCUGAGGGUUGCUACCUCUGGCCCAUCUGUUUACUGUAGCCAGUUACCUGCUUGUAACUCACAGUAUCUUCGAAGAACGGCUGCAACCAAUGUAACCUCAACAAAGGCACCUGUCUGUGGCAUGAAAGGACUUGCACCUCAGCAGCAUAUACAUACUUAUCAACAAGCAGUCCACACACCACCUCUGCAAAACACUUGUGCUGUUGUGUUUCCUCAAGGCAUCUAUGGUGCGCCUUUGCAUUUUGAUGCUCCAUCUGCUGGAAUCAUUUCACCUCAUGGAGGUGAUGAUCACAACUAUGGCCUUCCACAGGCGAGCACAAAUCCACCUCUGCCUGAACCAGGCUAUUUCACAGAACCUUUGGUUGCACCCACAAGUUUAAAACCGGCAGAAUCCAGCGUUAGUGCCGCACAGGACAAAUUAGGAUCGGCCUUUGCUAAAAAGGAAGGGCAGUGGGAAUGUAACAUCUCUUUAGUAAGAAAUGAACCCAUUGCCCCAAAAUGCGUUACUUGCCAGAAUACAAGCAAAACUAAUUCAGCAGUAUCUUUUCAAGAAUUUUCCUUUAAACUUGAUGGGAAAACACCAGCGUGUACCUCUCAGAAUCCUGCAGAUGCUGAAGCGAAGCCUGCAGAGGAAAGAUGUAUCUUUUCAAUGUGGAUGCCUCCAGGUGGAUUUAAAUAUGGCAUACAGGAGUCCACUACAAAUACAGCUAAGAAAGAUGAUCUCCCCAAAGAGUGUACAACAGACUUGACAAACAUUGAUGAAAAAGACAAAAAUGAACUGCCUUCAAGUAGUGGAGUUACACUCCAAUGUCAAGAAACAGCAAACAGGGACAAGAGUGAGCACAUCCGUGAGAAAGGCACAUUGGUAACGCCUCAUGUUUCUCGUACAAAUACAGCCAAAGCAUCUCCUUGUGGUAACAAUGCUGUAGCUGUACUGGAAGAAGCUACCAGCAAGAGAAGCGACCUCAGCCAUGGUGAUGAUGGUUCUGAUGCUGCUAUAGAAGCUUUAGAGGUAUCAAGCAGCUCUGAAACGCCAAGAAAAACAGUGGUUUCUGCUUCAAAGUUUGUAUUUAGAUCUGAAUCUGUCAAGAGCGUUUUCAGUAAUGAAAAGACAUUCCCAUUUGGGAAUACUUCGGCCAUUGGUUCCCUCUUUGGAUUCAGCUUUAAUCCUCCAAGAAAGAGCACUGAUGUAAUUUCAGUAUCUCAGAAAGUAGAGCAGGAAAAACCAGAAGUAGCUGAACCACUCAAAAGCUGUAGUGCAGCUCAGAAACCUUGGGAGAGCAAGGCAUCCAAGCUGGCUCCUUCAGCACAAGAUGGGCCCUCCAACUUCUCAUUUAAAAUUCUGGAAAAAGCCAAAGCAUCUCUUUGUGGUAACAAUGCUGUAGCUGUACUGGAAGAAGCUACCAGCGAGAGAAGCGACCUCAGCCAUGGUGAUGAUGGUUCAGCUUUAGAGGUAUCAAGCAGCUCUGAAACGCCAAGAAAAACAGUGGUUUCUGCUUCAAAGUUUGUAUUUAGAUCUGAAUCUGUCAAGAGCGUUUUCAGUAAUGAAAAGACAUUCCCAUUUGGGAAUACUUCGGCCAUUGGUUCCCUCUUUGGAUUCAGCUUUAAUCCUCCAAGAAAGAGCACUGAUGUAAUUUCAGUAUCUCAGAAAGCAGAGCAGGAAAAACCAGAAGUAGCUGAACCACUCAAAAGCUGUAGUGCAGCUCAGAAACCUUGGGAGAGCAAGGCAUCCAAGCUGGCUCCUUCAGCACAAGAUGGGCCCUCCAACUUCUCAUUUAAAAUUCUGGAAAAAGGUGAGUGUUAAUUGAACUACUAAUUUAUUCAAGUGUGCUACUCAUUAGUCAGACAUUUAUUAAUGCUAGUCAUUGUAUUAGUUCUUCUGUUUUAAUAGUGUGUUGUUUCUUUCAGUUCUAGUGCACAUCUGUGAAUCUUCAAAUUCUAGACUUUCAACUUGAAUGUAUAUUAAGUUGUAGUUAUUCGCACGUAAGAACAGAAACAUGCCUUAUGCACAAUUCAGUGUUACUCUGUAGUGAGAAAAGGAGUUGUGGGUAGGAUUUUGGUAUCUGUACAAGGCGUUUAUAAUGUCUGGGUGAAGUGCUGAAAGUGCAUUUUUUGAGUUGAACUGGUAGUGUAUGUGCACAGGCCUUGCUCUGACUGGUAAACUACAAGAACUGCACUUGUGCUUAAGCUUAAACUCGAAUUAUCCCUUCAACUAGGAGACAUUCUCCUUCUCUGCUUCCAUUCUUUUCCAAAGCUUUGCGUCUUUAGCUUCAACCAUUGAUUGUCCUGUUUUUUCUUCUUGUACUUCCCAGAAGUGAUGUGAAGUAAGUUCUAUUCAGUCACUGUUUCAUAUCUUCUGGAAUUUCACAUGUUCAAAGCUCAUCAGCAGUACACGCUUCUGCAAACAGCUUUAUAUUUCUUACUCUCUUUUUCAGUGCUAGGUUUUGCUUUUCCUCUGUUUAUGAUACCUAUAUGGCUCUUCCUUGUAGCUGUAUUUUAUUUGGUGUAAGGCCAUAAAUAAUUCUUGUAACAAUAUGAAAAUGCUGACUUGUUCCUGGUCUGAGACUUGAAUUUCAAA